AAAAAUAAAACCACAAAAUUUGUUAAAACAUUAAAUAAUAAUCGUUAAUCAUGGAUUCGGUGAGUGCUAAUUAUGAGGAAUUACAGCAUAAUGAAGUUACGGCCAUACCCCAGUAUGGUUUGAAGCUUAAAUUCGAUCAUGUUUGGCCAGAGAAACGCAAUCAGAAUUUACGGCCGUCCAUUAAGCAAUCAUUGCCAUUGGUACCCUUGGCUUGCAGAUAUGCUGCCUACUAUUGGAAAGUGUCACGUGAGGGCAGACGCUGUUACAUGGACUACUAUUACAUGGAACAUGGCAAACAAAUUUAUGGUGUACCCUUGGGUGGCAUUGGCAGUGGCACCAUAGGUCGUGGUUAUGCUGGAGAAUUUUGCCGUUUCCAAAUGCGUCCGGGUAUUUAUGAAUACAACACUGUGCAGGCCAAUCAAUUUAUAGUGACAAUUAAGAAUCAACAAGAUGAAACUAUCUUUCAAAGUCUACUCUCGAAAUCAAAUGCCAGAGUAAAUAAUAAGUUUGUUAAAUGUCGUUUACCCAAUUGCAGUAACAAUCGUGCCAAGCAGCCUCUAAACACUUGGCAGUCCCAGUUAGAUGAUGCCAAAUGUAUUUACACUGGCUUAUAUCCCAGAUCUUGGACCGAAUAUGAUCUCUCCGAAUAUGGUGUACGUUUGGUGUGCCGUCAGAUAUCGCCUGUAAUGCCUCACGACUACAAAGAUUCCUCUUUGCCCUGUGCUGUGUUUGUAUGGUCGGUGGAAAAUGUGGGUGAGGAGGAACGCACUGUUUCCAUUACAUUUACGUUUAAGAAUGGCACUGGCAAUAAGAAACAGGAUUUAGAGGGAGCCGCCUCCUCUGAACUUUUCUCGGAGGGUAAUGCCAAAGGUGUUACAAUUAAUCAAAAGAUUAAUGAUAUGCCCUGUGCUUAUAAUUUGGCUUGUCGUGUUUUGCCCGAAAUCAAUAUCACCAGAUGUUUACAAUUUGAUCCCAGUGGCUCCGGAGAACAAUUGUGGCAGCAGCUAAAGGAUCAGGGUCAGCUUAAUGAGGAAACUGCUGAUGAAACUUUGAAAACCAAAGAUUUGGGUGUGGCUAUAUGCGCCCGAGUUUCGGUCAAGCCUAAAACUUCUCAUGACUUGGAGUUUGUUUUGUGUUGGGACAUGCCCAUUAUACAUUUUCCCAAGAAGCUGAAGGCCCAUACACGCUACUAUACCAAAUAUUUUAAUGCCUGUGGUGAUUCGGGACCCAAAAUAUGUGAAUACGCCUUAAAGCACUACUCCAGUUGGGAGAAGGCCAUAGAUAAUUGGCAAAAGCCAAUAUUAAAUGAUGAAGGCCUGCCUGAUUGGUAUAAAUGCGCCAUAUUCAAUCAGCUUUAUUUUAUAUCCGAUGGUGGUUCCUUGUGGUUACUGUGUGAUUCCUCUUUGGGUCAAGAUUUGGAGAACAAUGAUCCCCGACAUGCUUAUGGCCGUUUUGGUUAUUUGGAGGGCCAUGAAUAUCGCAUGUACAACACCUAUGAUGUGCAUUUCUAUGCCUCACCAGCCCUAGCCCAUUUAUGGCCCAAUUUACAGAUCAGCUUACAAUAUGAUUUCAAAGAUGCCAUUGCCGCCAAUCUUACCGACACCCGCAAAAUGUUAUACGAUGGCAAGGUAAUGCCUCGUAAGGUUAAGAAUUGUGUGCCCCAUGAUUUGGGCGAUCCGGAUGAGGAACCUUUCACCCUGAUCAAUUGUUAUAAUAUACACGAUGUCAAUGAUUGGAAAGAUUUGAAUACGAAAUUUGUCCUCCAAGUUUAUAGAGACUAUUAUGUGUUGAAUGAAUUGGCCCAGGCUCAGUCGGAUAAUCAGAGUAAAUUUAGUUCCAUUGAGUUCAUUGAUAAGGAGAGCUUGUAUGAGAUGUAUUCGCAGGAUAAUAAGCGUAAGAAUUCGGUGGAGGAUAAGAAAGAAAAUCGUAAAUCCGCCUCCAUGUAUAUUAACGAGACCAAUGGCAAAGUCUAUCUAAUGGAUGCCAUGACCUAUUUAAAAGCCAUGUAUCCCUCCUGCAAGGCCAUAAUGGAAAGAACAAUAGAAUAUGAUAAGGAUAAUGAUGGACUGAUUGAAAAUACCAAAAUGCCCGAUCAAACUUAUGAUUCCUGGGUAAUGGAGGGACCAAGUUCUUAUUGUGCCGGUCUUUGGUUGGCCGCCUUGCAAAGUAUGUCCGUUAUGUCUACUUUAUUGGAUCAACCCAACGAUUGUUUACGCUAUCAGGAUAUUUUGGAGAAGGGCAAACGUUCCUUAGAGGAGAAAUUAUGGAAUGGCAGUUAUUAUCGUUUCGAUACCUCCAACAGUCACAAGGACACUAUAAUGGCCGAUCAAUUGUGCGGUCACUGGUAUAUGAAGACCUGUGGUUUCGAUUAUGAGAUCUAUCCCAAAGAAAAUGUACGCUCGGCAUUGAAACGCAUUUAUGAUAAUAAUGUUAUGGGUUUCCAUGAGGGUAAUAUUGGUGCUGCAAAUGGUUUUAUAGCUAAUGCUGAUCCCGAAAAGCCCGGCCAUGUGGACACUAGCAGUAUCCAGGCUGAGGAAGUAUGGCCGGGAGUAACUUUUGCUUUGGCCGCCACCAUGAUCCAGGAGGGUAUGUUUGAAGAAGGCUUCAAAACAGCUGGGGGACUGUAUGAAACUAUUUCCCAGAAAUGUGGCAUGAAUUUUGAAACUCCAGAGGCUUUUUAUGGUGAAAAACGUUAUCGUUCUAUAGGCUAUAUGAGACCCUUAAGUAUUUGGUCCAUGCAGGUGGCCUGGGAAAGACGUAAAGCUUUGAGAGAUUAAAUUCAGUUAGAGUCACAAGAUAUAAACACAAUUUUAUAAAAUAGAGUUAAUGUGAAAAA